AUGCUCUCCACUGGGAACGCGCCAACGCAGCGAGUUCCUGCGUGGAAGCGAUUGGGUCUCAAGCUCAAGCCUGCAUCUGAGCACCAAAGUGAGGGCCUGGCGCCGCAUACAAGUACGGCUCAUUCUUCGGGCACUUCUGCUUCAGUGCCCAAAAGUCACGGAUCGCCGCCCGGUGCCUACGGUGCUGUCAAUGCCGCCAAAAGGAAACCUUUUGGUGCCCCUGCGUCAGACCAUUUCGCAAAAAAGGCACGACAGGACAAUUUUAACUCUACCGCGACUCAUCACUCUUCCCUGAAGAAGAAGAAGUCUGUUUCAUUUGCGAAGGACCCCGAGGCCUUAUCCUCCCCUGCGACAAACGGAAAGCAAAACACGAAUAAGCAAAAGCGGACAUCCAACAAGUUGCCUGCCAAAUCUCAACCGCAGAGACAAACUGCCGUCAACCUGGGGCCUGCGCUCGACUAUUUGCGGCAGUGGCACAAGGCAAGAGACCAGUGGAAGUUCAGUAAGCUGAAGCAAACUAAGCUGCUAGAAAACGUGUUCGCCAACGAAACCACUAUCCCGGCCGUUGACAUCAAUACCUUCUACGACUACAUCCGAACGCUCAAGGGCUACGGCAGAAUUCGAUUGAGAGAGACCGCUACCGAACUCAAGGAGAAGGACAUGGAGCAGGGCCCCGCAGGCUUCUCGGCAUCCUCAGACGAGGUUGCGAAGAAAAAGCAGGAGGAGUAUGAUGCAAUACUUGAAAGCUACCUACGACAAGAACGGACACCAGAGAAGCGCCGGUUCGACGAAAUGGAGUAUGUGCUCCGGACCGCCGACAUGGAGAUGCAGCGACGAGUUGUUAAGCGCAUGCGAGCAGAAACCGUCCUUGAGGAACUCGAGGCCAGUGAAGAAGAUACAACAAGCACGACCACGACCACGACCACAUCUACGACAACAACUGGCACAGCAGGGGAGGCAAGGGAGGCAAGGGAGGCAGGGGGGUCUAUGACCAAUGAGAGCCGUAUAAGGUUAAGCGAUGGCACGCUCAAGCGGAAGAGAAGCAGGAAAUCACGCACCGCUGACGUUGUCGAAACCGAAACAAGCAGCUCUGAAUCCGAUUCGAACACCAGUGAUAGCUCAUCAGAGGACUCAGAGGACUCAGAGGACUCAGAGGAUUCAGAUGAUGAGGAGGAAACCGAUGUCAAUCUGACAGCGAAUGACUCCGAUGAAUCAUCCUCCAGUAGUUCAUCGUCAUCCUCAGAGUCAGAUUCAGAUUCGGACGAAGGUGGCGCGGCUGGCGCAGACAGGAAUGAUCAAUAG